CUCCUCUUCGUCUUCAACCACUGCGCUUUGGUCCACCCACUUCUUCACGUCGCUCCUUUAUCUCCAUCUCUUUUUUAACUCCAGAGAUAUCACUAUCUUUUUUACCCAUUCAGUACCCAAUCGAAAGAACAGAGCUUCAGACGUCCACAGCACAUUACCGCAACCAUGACGCGAGCGCAGCAGACUGUCUCGAUCCUGCUCCUCUUGAGCUCGCUCUACCUCUCCCUCUACCUGCAACUGAUUCCCCUCCCCUCUGUGAUCCAGACCGAGAUCGUCCCUGUGCUCCCGUUCUGGGCCCUUGUCUCCCUCGGCGCAUACCUUCUCGCCCGCCUCGGCUGGGGCGUGCUGACUUUCAACGACUGCCCCGAGGCAUACAAGGAGCUCAUGGGAGAGAUUGAGACGGCCAAGGUGGAGCUACGGAAGAUGGGCGUUACUGUGGACUAGCUAUGAUGCAAGGGCCACAGGCGGAGCGAAAAAGCUUCGAAGAUUUUGAAAACAAUUAUAAAAACAAACAUAAAGCAAAAAGGGGCGGCCACCAGGAGGGGGGCGAGGUCGUCCUGGAGCAUGGGGGCCUUGGUCUCAAUGUUUGGCGCCUCAUUUUCGUCAAGCCGGUCACAUCUGCCUGGGUUGGGACUCUUUCUUCAUCUUCAGAAGAUGGAUUUCAAGCGCUCGUCAGUCUAGCCUUUCAUCUCUCAGUGCUCAUGGGAUCUUAAAAAGUCUGU